AAGAGAUGUGGCAGUUGAUUCAAUUUUUUCUCUGUUUAGCCCUGGUAAUGUCAGCCUUGUCUGGUAUAUCGCCUCGACGCCGAAGUAUGCUGAAUAGAAGAUAUAAAAUGCAAAGAUUGGGCAACGAAACAACAGAGGAGCCCAUACAAAACUGCAUGUGUUCAAAAAUUUACGACCCCGUGUGUGCGUCCAACGGAAAAUCUUACUACAAUCUCUGUCAGAUGGAAUGCGAAAAUAAACUUGAGAAUGUGUAUGUCGUGCAUCAAGGAAACUGUAUACCUUUUUAAAAUAUGUUUCUCUACUUCCUGAUAUGUGGGGAUUAGUUUAUCUGUCAGUUAUAAUGGCAAAUAAUGCCAAUACAAAUUGUCUCUGUAUGGCCAAUUUCACCACUUUCAGUCAUCAUGAUGUUUAGCAGUUUUAAUUUUUGUGCUAGACGAACAAUAUUCAUUUUUAUUUUUCCACUCUGGAAUGAAUACUGCUUAAAGACAUCAUGGUAACUGUGAGAAUA